AUGGCCUCCCGUGUCCCCGGCAGCAGCAGCAGCAGCAGCAGCAGCAGCAGCAGCAGCUACUGGAAGCAAAUGGCGCUCUUUUCGUGCUGCAACUGCGACCCCGCAGCAGAGGAGGAGACACAAACUCAAGUCCAGCCCUGCGAGGAUGAGCCGCAGGAUGUGUGCGAGGACUUGCCGCUGACAGCAGAGCAAAAGCAGAAGGAGAAGGAGCGUUUGCAGGCGCUGGUGAAAAGCUUCGCCAGGGCUGCAGUGGCUGGCUGCCCCUGCGCCUUUUUGGACUUAGCCACAAAACGCCAAAUUCCCGGUCGCUACUUUCUUGACAGAAGCCUCACCAGCUUCAAGUUGCUUUUUGCUGACGGAGUGCAGCACUCAUUUCCCCUCAAAGCUCUGCACGAAGCAUACAGCCUUCCGGCUCUGCAAGCGAACGAGUCGACAGCAGCCCUUGCGCAGAACCCGGCCGUGAGGUGUCUAGACACCGCAGCGAAGAACUGCCUCGUGAUGCUGGAGUACUGCGACUCUGGGGCCCCACAACUAAAUCGUCUUUUUCUUUUGGAAGAAGGCGGAGUAGAACAGAGAGACAGAUUCAUCACCUGCUUGAAGGUCCUGGCCCUGUACGCUCAGAGCACCACCUAA